CCGCACGUCAUCGUUUUAUUUCCCAGAUUUCUGACAAGAAUGAGUUUCGAACGGCACGUAACCUGGCCAGGGUGUCGUGCGGCAGCGGUAUGGCUUUUGCCGGACAAGCCAACGACCUGCUGGACACUCCGGACAAACUGCUGGACUACGAGAUGAGCCUGGACAAUGACACGCUCUACUACUUCUCUCUGCUCGUGCACAGCCCGUACCACGACGUGAGCUCGUUCACCGCGGGGGAGAUGAGCAUGACGCUGUACCAUCUGAUGAGCACGCUGGACGACCAGGGCUGGGACGACUACCUCAACAUCUUGGACAACUUCGACUACAUCCCGGCCAACAACAUGAGGGAGAUGCUCACGAUGUGGCCACCCAAGAUGCAGCUGCUUCAAACACCAAGCACAAUGUGUGACGUGAUGGGUAGAAUGGACGAGGACCUUCUGGAAGAUUUCUGCCUCAGGAUUGCCGACGCCGACGUGUCAGCUGUGACCUUGACCGAGGUCAUUGAGCGUUGCCCCGACUGUGUUGUGCUGGGCUUUGAGCACAGGGAGUCUCACGACGUGA